UGGAAUGAUGACUGUGAAAAGAGCGACGACGAGGGCGGUAGACGUCUGAGCCGCUGAGUAGAAUCAUCGAGUAGUAAAACUUAUCAGUGUGAAACUGGGGACACAGCGCCAUAAAACUUGAACUUCGAUUGGUUGGAUUAAUCGUAUUAUUCUCAACAGAGGAACGUGGGACGCCCGUGGAACAGCGUGAAGGUAACAUGGCUACCUUGUUUACUGAGCUACCCUCCUAGACGUCCUUAGUGAUAUAUACCUGGACAACCCUGAAAUCUAUCCAGUUAGACGCACUUGUGGCUCCAAGUGUGUGAGGGAUGACAACCUCUCAUCUGAAUGGCCAUGUUGCUGGUGAGGGAGGAGGAAGAGGAGGAGAUGACGAGCUGAGGGUAGGACAGCAGCACAGGGAAAUGGCCGUCGACUGCCCAGAAGAACUAGGGAGCCGGACUCUGCCAGUCCGGCGAUCUGCUCAGCUAGAGAGGAUAAGACAACACCAGGAGGACCUGCGUCGUCGUCGAGAGGAGGAGGGUCGGCAGCUGGAUCUGAAUGCCUCACUGAGGCUGAAGCAGCUCUCCCAGAAUGCCCACAUUGGCAUCGACAAUCCCACAUUCCUGGAGGACACAUACACGUCACAGCAACAACCACUCGGCAGUCAGCAAACUUUGCUUGAGUUGGAGGAGGUGCUGCUGUCACUGAAGCAGAUCCGCGGCUGUCUGUCCGACCAGCAGAGUCAGAAUGACAUAGAGCUGGUGCUUGCACUACUUAACAAGUCUGAUUUCCAGUCUGCACUUAAGAUCCAUAAUGCCGUGGCGAACAGAAUGCACCGACCCUCUCCCCCAUACCCACAAACACACCAGGCACUGGAGCUGGCACUUGAGGUCAGAAAUCUCAGUCAAGCAAGUCCGAACAAAGAAGGACUGGAACUCUGCAGUCUCCUAUCAGACAUUCACAUCCAGUCUUUGCUUCUGGCACAUGACAGCAUAGCAGAGAAAGAAAUGGAACCGGAACAAUUAACCAACCAAACAGAGACACUGACACAAUGGGGGGGGGAGACUGUAAAAAUUGUUCACAUAGAGAAAGCCCGAGACAUACCACUGGGGGCGACGGUCCGUAAUGAAAUGGAGAGUGUGAUUAUCAGUAGGAUUGUUCGAGGUGGCGCAGCCGAACGAAGUGGACUUUUAGCGGAAGGAGAUGAAAUAUUGGAAAUAAAUGGCAUCGAAAUAAAAGGGAAAGAUGUCAACCAAGUCUUUGACAUUCUGGCGGACAUGCACGGCCUUCUGACCUUUGUACUCAUUCCGAGCACUCAGAGCAAACCUCCCCCAGUCAAAGAGAAUGUGGUUCAUGUGAAAGCACAUUUUGACUAUGACCCAUCAGAUGACCCCUAUGUGCCAUGCAGAGAGUUGGGCUUGUCCUUCCAAAAAGGAGAUAUUCUCCAUAUCAUCAGCCAGUCUGACCCCAAUUGGUGGCAGGCUUACAGGGAUGGAGAUGAAGAUAAUCAGCCUUUAGCUGGAUUGGUACCAGGGAGGAGUUUCCAGCAGCAGAGAGAAGCCAUGAAACAGACAAUUGAAGAAGACAAAGAGCCUGAGAAGUCAGGAAAGUUGUGGUGUGCAAAAAAGAACAAGCGAAAGAGAAAGAAGCUGCUUUACAACACUCACAGAAAUGAUGAUAUUGAUGAAGAUAUUCUGACCUAUGAGGAGAUGGCCCUGUACCACCAGCCAGCCAAUAGAAAGCGGCCAAUUGCAUUGAUUGGGCCGACCAGCUGUGGGCAGGCAGAGCUAAGGCAGAGACUUCUGAAUAACCAACCGGAACGCUUUGCUGGGGCUGUACCUCACACAACGCGGAGCCGGCGAGAUGUAGAGCUUGGUGGUCAAGAUUACCAUUUUGUUUCUCGUCAGACGUUUGAGACAGAGCUUGCUGGGGGGAAACUGAUUGAGUCCGGCGAAUUUGAGAAGAAUCUUUAUGGGACCAGCACUGACUCAGUGAGACAGGUCAUCAACACAGGAAAAAUAUGUAUGCUCUGUCUUCAUACUCAGGCCCUAAAGGUGCUGAGGAGUUCAGAUUUGAAACCAUACAUCAUCUUCAUAGCUCCACCCUCACAGGAAAGACUCAGAGCCCUGUUGGCUAAAGACAAUAAGAAUCCCAAGCCCGAGGAGCUACGGGACAUCAUUGAGAGAGCACGGGAGAUGGAGCAGAGCUGGGGUCACAUGUUUGAUGCCAUCAUAGUCAACAUAGACCAGGACAAAGCCUACAGCGAGCUGCUAAGACUCAUCAACAAACUGGACACAGAACCCCAGUGGGUGCCCUGCUCCUGGCUGCGCUGACACGCUCUCACACGCUCAUACUACACACACGCAAACAGACAUACAGUGCUUAACAAAUUUGAUACUCCCCCACCUAAUAUAAGGAUUUUUCCACUGGUGUCCUAAAUUUACCGCAUUGGCACUGAUGAAGAUAUUGUUUUUAGGUUUCUGUUACCUUGAACCGAAAUGUUUUUAAUACUAAAAGAUAUUGUGAACGUUCAUAGCUGCUUGCAGCUUUAGUCAUUGUUAUUCAUGAUUUUCAAAUGUAGUUUUACACAACAAGAAAAAAAAUAUGAAGCACAUUUCAUUAUUAAGAUGUCAAAUCAUAGUUAUUGACUUGCAUUUCCGAAAAAAAAAAAUUCAGUGAUUGAAUAAUGUUUGAUUAAUUUGUGUCUUUGCAGAGAAGCCCAAUGAGGUGGCUUAAAUUUGGGUAUAAAAAGGUGUAUUCUGUUUGAAAUUUCUGCUUUCUAUGCAAAAUGGUGAAACAAGAGCGCACUAAAAUUUAAAGAACGCACGUUAAAGCACCUCUGAGACAAGUAUUUGGUGGUGGUUUAAUUUGUUCAGCACUGUACAGUAUAUAAUUUUUACAGAGUAAGUAUACAGUGCCUACGCUAUUCAUUUAGUGCAGUUCAACAAGGUACUAAGGCCACUGUUGGAGAAAUAGGUAUCUGGUGAACUUUCAGUCACUGUGACUCCAUGCAACAUUCGCCCAAGGUUUGCAAGACGAAUUUGUACAUUUACAUGUUUUUGUGGCUGACAUCUACUCAAAAGACUGACUACCUCCACGUAUCCAGUCACAUUCCCAUCAAACUUAUUAAAAAAAAAAAAAAUGUCAAGCUUCAUGUCAUAGAAGACUUCUUAAAUAAUCACAUUCUUCUCAAAUUACUUUGAUUCUGCAUAGUCGAUGAAGGAUUGAAAUGUUUCUGAACAGUGGCUUUACUCUGUUGCCAUAGGUAAUAAAAACUACAUAAUGUGUAUUUACAUGAUUGAUGUUACACAAAGAAAAUCAUUAAUGAACACUUAACAGAUUCUGGACUAUAUUGCACUGCCCUUUACUAGUCACAUGUAUGUGCUGUUGGCACAGUAGCCAUUCCAGAUGAGACCAAAACAUGGACCUACAACAUUUGAUGCAUUACAUUUUUUCUAAUGCAUAAUAUUGUUUUCUUGCAUUGACCUCAUCCUGUCAUCAUUUCAACCAUCAUAAUUGAAUAGAUAAGUUAUUAAUGUGAAUUAUUUUUACUAUUUGCAGUAUGAAGAAUCUAUGUAUACAUACAGAUUAGUUUUUUCAUUCCACCUGUUUUUGUUGUUGUUUUUUUUUUUUUUUAAAUCAUCAUGAAGUACUGGCCUUGCUGAUGUCCUAAGCACGCCUAUUGAUGAGGCCUAUUUAGUAGUGAAUGUGAAAAUCACUGUUGAAACUCUCUCAAUAUACACAAACAUUUAGUAUAAUUCCUAAACUGUAUAUGUAUGUGUGUGUGUGUGUGUGUGUAUAUAUAUAUAUAUAUAUAUAUAUAUAUAUAUAUAUAUAUAUAUAUAUAUAUAUUAUAUGUAUGUAUGUGUGUGUGUGACGUGUGCAUUAACUGUAUGGGAGAGUCUGCUUAUUGAGCUUCAGCCUUGUGAACUCAACUGACUGACUGGUUGAACAUCUAAGUUUAACAACACCCUGUUGCAUUUAACACUAAUAAGGACACAGCACUUGUUUCUGUUCUUGGCUGACUUGUUUUCUGUACUUCCUGUUCUUACUUGGAAUCUGUCCCUUCUGAUCACAUUGUCAUAUAAAUCACCUCUGAGCCUGAGCCUUGAGGAGUGCAAGGCUAUAAAGAAAACGUGGAAGUAUAUAGUUGCAUUCCGAAUAGGCACCAGUUGCCAAAUUAAUUCGAUAUUUAGUGUCUGUAUGUGAUUAAAAAAAAAUCUCUCCUGAGAACAAUGAAGUAUUAUGACCUGACACUGUUAUCACCGUGUAGAGCAUAUAUUUGUUAUUUUGAAAAUGGAGGUAUGAAGUCCAAUGUGCACCAAUAGGAUUGCAGGUUUCGAUGAGUUCAUCGCCAUACAUUCGGUCCAGGAUGAGGUGGGGGUGUGGCUAAGUGGAUUGAACUAUUGAAUGUAAAGUUAAUUGAUAUAACUUUGUUUAUUUUGGCAUCAAAUCCUUAAGUAAAAAUCAUGUCAUUUUCUAUUGUUAUUCACAAUGAACAAAUAAAUAGAUUUUAAAAAAAAAAAACCUUUUUGAACAUUUCUAACGCUUAACUAACUGCAUGUGGGUGCAUAUGAGAAACAACCCAAAGCCAAGUGGGAAAUGUAGUU